GACUAACUCGGAGGCACUCAGGCUCAGAGAUCCUGGGGAAGGAGGUCGAGAUGGUCUAUUUGGGGAGCACAGGGUUGUGAGGGCUGGGCUGUGUUUCCAGGAGGGAGAGGCAGUAGCUAAAAGAGCCUGUGGAGGCAGGGCUGGGAGGGAAACGUCUGAAAGGCUUUGGAACUGGGCCAAGGUCUUUCGGGACGGGGCGUGAGAGAUGCGUGUCUUAAGCUGAUUAAGACCACGUUAUUUUGAGGAUUCAUCAGCAGGCACGCGGUGCCGAUGCCGGAAAUUGUGAGGGGGGAGGAGCGCUCACCGCCGCCUCAGGUCCUCGAAGCGGCUGACUACGCAUGCGCGGCCAACGGCCUCGGGAGAGGCAGCCAAAAACCCACAGCCGCUUUAGAGGUCCGCGCACUGAGAGGCGGAAGUGGGCGGGGCCUAGGGCGCUCCGUGCCGCGCCUGCUUUCCGGCCACGCCCCCAUGGCGGCGCCCCUAGCCCCGCAGGGCACGCCCUGUUGACGGCAGGCUGUUGCCCCCUUGACGACAGGCGGCUUACCCCGUGGGCCUCUACAGAGCGGGCUGGCAGUAGGCACCGCUCCCUGCAGGCUGGGUGUGCCCGAUGCCUGCGGUUUCCUGUAGGAGGAAGCGGUCCGCGGGCGCUCAGCUCGUAGCUUUGGAGGCCCCGGAGGGGGAGAUCCCCCCACCGCCCUCGGGUCCCCUGAUUCUCCCCCUUCUAUAGGGCCCUAGCAUGGGGGACCCCCUGCCCCGAACACCCCCGGGGUGCCCAACUCUGGCGCUGAUUCCGCUCUGGGAGCUUGAUUCAGAGUCCUAGCCUCCUGUUCCCCACCUUCCCCCCUCAAAUUCCAUCUCCCUAGACCCUAGUCCCCAGACUCCUCCCAGGACCCAGGUCCAGUCCCCUUGCCUCCUUGAAGAGCAUACGAUCUCAGUCCCUCAUUGUUCCCCCAGUGACCCAGGCUUUCUAACUUACCUGGGGAACUGAUUUCAGACCUCCAGUCUCUUGUCCUUCUCAAAGAUGUAAACUGGAACUUCUUUAUUCCCACCCCCAGGGACCUUCAUUUUGUACCCCCAACUUUGUAGUCUUGGGACCCAAUGGACCCAAGAUUUUGCCCCUUCCCCAAGUCCUAGAGACCUUGAUCUUGGGUCUCCCAGUACUGAAUCCACUCAGGGCCCCAGUGUCUGGUAUGACAAGCACAUAACAACAGUGCUUACUUGGUGCCGGGCACUCCUCUAAGAACUGCUCCAUGAUGUAUUUACUAUUAUUAUUUCGAUUUUACAGAUAAAGAAACUGUGGCAUAAAGAGAUUAGUAACUUGCCCCAAAUCACAGCUAAUGAGUAAAGCAGUUUCAAUUUGAAUCCAGCCAGCGUAUCUCUAUAGAGUCUGUGCUAUUGUGAUUUCCAGGUCUCCCGAGUACCCACCCAGUCACUGAACUGCCCUUCCCUCACCCCCUCAGGGAGCCCAGAUGACCAGCCAUUCUCCCUCCCUCUAGCUCUGGCCCAAUCAGAUACCCAGACAUCCCAUCGUUCAGUUCCCUUCCCUUGUACUGACCCAGGAUUUCAGUUCUCCAGCUCUUAAUUCCAUAUUCCAGAUAUCUGGUUCCCUGUCCCUCAUUUUUCACCAAGCACCCAACCCUGCCAAGAGACCCAGGUACUUAGUGGUGAUCACCCCCCACCGUAAUUCAGUAACCCAAGAAUUAAAUAACAAUGAUAACAAUAAUAGUUGACAUUAAGUCCCUGGUACUGCACUUCUGUUUAAAACCCUCCACUGGUUUCCAACUGCACUUAGAAUAAAAUCCAAACUCCUCCUCUAGGCUUCAAGGGCCCUCUUUGAUUUCCCUUCCUACCACUCUCUCUCGUUCCCUAUGUUCUGGCCACACUGGCCCUUCUGUCUUCUUCUCAAACAACCUGAACUUGUUCUCAAAGGCCUGUGCACGUCCUCUCCCUGCCCCGCAUUCAGAUGACUCCCGUCUGCAAGUCUCAGCUCAGAUGUCACCUCCUCAGAGAGGCCUGGCCAGAUCACCAUUUUAAGUAGCCUCCCAUCAUUAGCAGUCUAUUUUAUUUCCUUCAAAGCCUUUAUCACUAUCUGAAAUCUAUCUUCUUCACGAUGUUUUGUCUUUAUCGUCCCUCUCCCUCAACUAGAAGGGAAACUCCAUAAGAGCAGCAGGGCUCCCAUCUGUUUUCUUCAUUAUUAACUCCUGGUUCAUAAUAGAUGUCCAAUGAAUGUUUGAUGAGGAAAGGAAUAAACAUGUUAGGUGUGUUAGUGUACUGGUAUUACCUUAUUCGUUUAGAAUAAGUAUCAGAAUUAUUAUCAGUAUUAGUAUAUUGUCAGUAUUAUGAGUAGUAUUGUACCCACCUCAUAGAUUAGGAAACUGAGGCUCAGAGAGUUGAAAUAAUUGGUCAAGGUCCCCCGGGCAGGAAACAGUAGCCCUGGGUUCUUAACUUCCACCUCCUGCCCCCUUCUGGAGUUCCACACUUCCUCAUAUCCCAUCCCCUGACCCCGACCAUGGUGCCAACGCCACCAGCCCUCACCUCACUCCACGCUGCAGGAAUCUGGCCUCAUCCCUCAGUCUCCCAUCCCUCUGAGGAUUCAUUCCUAAGCCCCAUCAAGGAAAGCAGACAUCAGUCUCAGGACCAGUCCCAGAGCAGAGGCCUGAGAAUCAAAUCCUCCCACCCCUGAUGCUUGCCCCACCUGAGGGCCCCAGCUCUGUUCCCUUCCUGCCAAGGACACAUCAUCUCAACCGCAGGAGGGAGCCCCAGAAGAUGCCUGUCUGGGGGCAGUGGGUGGGGGCCCAGAGAAUGAGGAAUCCGAGUGCCUGGGCCCUCCCUCUGGCUGCAGACCUCAGCUGGGUGUGGUGAGGGUGGGUAUAAAAGGGUCAGUAUAUAUUGAGAGGAGCAGAGAAAGAGAAACCAGGAGAGUGAGGAGAGAGAGGAGGAAGGAGGUACAGACAGUGAGGACAGGACCGAGAGAGACGAGAGGCAGAAGGAGAGAGAGAGGGAGAGAGGCAGAAGGAGAGAGAGAGGGAGAGAGGGAGACGGGGAGAGAAAGAGAGUUCCGGGAUUGGAGGGGAGAAGGAGGGAGAGAGCAAGAGAGGAGAGGGAGGGAGGGAGGGAGAAAGGCGGUGAGAGGCGGGGGCCUCGACAGGGUGGAAGGAGGGAGGAGAAGGGCGGGGCACGGAGGCCCAAGCGAGGGACCAGACUCAACUCUGACUUUUUCCGCCGCGCUCGAAUUCAGACAUGUCCCCCGCCCCUGUGCCAACCUCUUGACGUGAUGGUCUCCUGACGUCCCCACCCAGGCUUCCAGCGCAGCCAUGUCACUCCUCCUGCUGGUGGUCUCUGCCCUUCACAUCCUCAUUCUCAUCCUGCUUUUCGUGGCCACUCUGGACAAGUCCUGGUGGGCCCUCCCCGGGAAGGAGUCCCUGAAUCUCUGGUACGACUGCACAUGGAACAGUGACAACAAAACGUGGGCCUGCAGUAAUGUCAGCGAGAAUGGCUGGCUGAAGGCGGUACAGGUCCUCAUGGUGCUUUCCCUCAUCCUCUGCUGUCUGUCCUUCAUCCUGUUCAUGUUCCAGCUCUACACCAUGCGGCGAGGAGGGCUCUUCUAUGCCACUGGCCUCUGCCAGCUUUGCACCAGCGUGGCGGUGUUUACCGGGGCGCUGAUCUACGCCAUUCAUGCCGAGGAGAUCCUGGCGGAGCGCCCAUCAGGGGGCAGCUUCGGUUACUGCUUCGCCCUGGCCUGGGUGGCCUUCCCCCUCGCCCUGGCCAGCGGCAUCAUCUACAUCCACUUGCGAAAGCGGGAGUGAGGGCCGCGCGUCCCCUCGUCUCCCCAGCCGGCUCCCGGCCCCUCCACCUCACCCCGAAGCCCCCACCCCGCCUCCAGAAAAUAAAACCAU